CGCCGCUCCAUUAGGCCCCGCCCUUCCACCAGACCCCGCCCCGGCGGCAAGCGAGCAGGAAGCGCAGGGGGCUCUGCAGACGCGGCGUUCGGAAAGCCAGAGCAGCUGAGUUCCGCACCACCAGCAGUGAGGGCCACUGCCUGCCACCCACAGACCUGGCCUUUAGGCUGCGCCGAAGCCAAUGAACCCCAUGCACCCUGUGAAACCCGCCCUGCCCCCCGCGCCACACGGUGAUGGUCCAUUUGCUUAUGAGGCGGUGCCUUGGCAGCAGAGUGCCACUCAGCCCGCGGGAUCGCUGUCGGUGGUCACGACCGUGUGGGGCGUCGGCAACGCGGCCCAGAGCCAGGUUUUGGGGAGCCCCAUGGGCCCUGCAGGGAGCCCCCCCGGCAGCUCCGUGAUGCCUGGCAUGGCCGGCAGCGGCUCUGCCCUGAACUCCCCGCAGUGCCUCGGACAGCAGGCCUUUGGAGAGGGUGCCACCCCCAAGGGCUUCGUGCAGCAGGGGGUGUACGGCCGCGGGGGCUACCCCGGGGGCCCCGGCUUCACUACUGGGUAUGCGGGCGGCCCGGGGGUGCCCGGGGGCCUGGGUCUGCCUUCACACGCCACACGACCCUCCACCGAUUUCACUCAGGCGGCAGCGGCGGCCGCGGUGGCUGCUGCCGCGGCCACCGCCACGGCCACCGCCACGGCCACCGUGGCCGCCCUCCAGGAGAAGCAGAGCCAGGAGCUGAGCCAGUAUGGAGCGAUGGGGGCCGGGCAGGCUUUUAACAGCCAGUUCCUGCAGCACGGAGGUCCCCGGGGGCCCAGCGUCCCCAGCAGCAUGACCCCUGCCGGCGUGGGAGGGCUGCUGGGCCCCUCUGGCAUGAGCCCCAUGGGCAUGAACCCCACCCGGGCAGCGGGCAUGGCACCCCUGUAUGCAGGGCAGCGCCUGCCCCACCACGGGUACCCUGGGCCCGCCCAGGCCCAGCCACUGCCCCGACAGGGGGUCAAGAGAGCCUACUCCAGUGAGGUUUACCCAGGGCAGCAGUUCCUGCCGGGGGGCCAGUAUGUGCCUGGCACCGGGCAGCCUCCCGCCCCCUCCUCCUACCCCGGGCACCGGCUGCCCCUGCAGCAGGGCAUGGGCCAGGCCCUGCCUGCCUCUGGCCCUGCAGGACUGCACUACAAGCCCGCAGAGCAGUUCAACGGGCAGGGCGCCAGCUUCAGCGGGGGGAGCAUCAGCUACAGCCAGCCUGGCCUGAGUGGGCCCACCCGUUCCAUCCCUGGCUACCCCAGCUCCCCACUGCCGGGGAGCCCCACGCCGCCCAUGACCCCCGGCAGCAGCGUUCCCUACAUGUCCACCAGCCAGGAGGUCAAGUCUCCUUUCCUGCCCGACCUCAAGCCCAGUGUGAGCUCCUUGCACCCGUCACCCCCCGCUGCCGGCUCACACCAGCGCGGCCCGCUCCCAGGCAGCGGCCCCUGUGACGAGCUGCGGCUGACCUUCCCUGUGCGCGACGGGGUGGUCCUGGAGCCCUUCCGCCUGCAGCACAACCUGGCCGUGAGCAACCACGCCUUCCAGCUCCGCGACUCUGUCUACAAGACCCUGAUGCUGAGGCCUGACCUGGAGCUCCAGUUCAAGUGUUACCACCACGAGGACCGGCAGAUGAACACCAACUGGCCAGCCUCAGUGCAGGUCAGCGUCAACGCCACCCCGCUGACCAUCGAGCGCGGCGACAACAAGACGUCCCACAAGCCCCUGUACCUGAAGCACGUGUGUCAGCCGGGCCGCAACACCAUCCAGAUCACGGUCACGGCCUGCUGCUGCUCCCACCUCUUCGUGCUGCAGCUCGUACACCGGCCGUCCGUCCGCUCGGUGCUGCAGGGUCUUCUCAAGAAGCGCCUCCUGCCCGCCGAGCACUGCAUCACCAAGAUAAAGCGCAACUUCAGCAGCGGCACCAUUCCCGGGCCCAACGGCGAGGACGGGGUGGAGCAGACGGCUAUCAAGGUGUCCCUCAAAUGCCCCAUCACCUUCCGCAGGAUCCAGCUCCCCGCCCGCGGUCACGACUGCCGCCACAUCCAGUGCUUUGACCUGGAGUCCUACCUACAGCUCAACUGUGAGCGGGGGACCUGGAGGUGCCCCGUGUGCAACAAAACGGCGUUACUGGAGGGGCUGGAGGUGGAUCAGUACAUGCUGGGAAUCCUCAUUUACAUUCAGAACUCCGAUUUCGAGGAGAUCACCAUCGACCCCACAUGCAGCUGGAAGCCAGUGCCCGUGAAGCCCGAUGUGCACGUCAAGGAGGAGCCCGACGGGCCCGUGCUCAAACGCUGCCGCACCGUGAGCCCCGCACACGUGCUCAUGCCCAGCGUCAUGGAGAUGAUCGCGGCCCUGGGCCCCGGGGCUGCCCCCUUCGCCCCCCUGCAGCCCCCCUCGGCUCCGGCCCCCGGCGACUACCCCGGGCAGGGUUCCAGCUUCCUGGGACCCGGGACCUUCCCUGACUCCUUCCCGCCUACCACACCCAGCACCCCGGCCCUUCCUGAGUUCACCGCGGGGCCGCCCCCCAGCUCUUACCAGUCCGACCUUCCCAGCAGCCUCCUGACACCAGAGAAGGCUGCCCCCUGCCUCCCAGGCCAGAUGGCACCAGCGGGUCACCUGGACCCGGCCCACAACCCCGGGCCGCAGGGGCUGCACGCCCCCAGCCUUGGGGGGCCCCCGGGGCCCCAGCUGCACCAUCCAAACCCUCCCCCAGCAUCCCGGCAGCCCCUGGGCCCAGUGAGCUCGGGCCCAAUCGGCGAGCUGGCCUUCAGCGCGGCCACAGGCGUGAUGGGGCCCCCCAUGUCUGGGGCGGGGGAGGCCCCGGAACCGGCCCUGGACGUGAGUACGGGCCCCAUGCUGGGGAGCACGUGGGAGCUGGGGCUGGGGACGGCGUGUGCAUCGUCUCCAGGGUCCACACGCUUCCUAGAAGGGAGGACGCUGACGCCCCAGUGACUUCCAGAGCCAGGAGAGCUGGUCAGAUAGCAUCAGCUCUCGCGAUGAUGAGUGCCGGGUACCUGCCGUAGCCGCGGGGUUGGCUCUGGGGGCCUGUGCCGAGCGCCCAAGAAGACGGGGCUUGGAGCUGACCACACCGGCUCGGGGUGUGGGCUGACCUGUCUGACUCACCUUGCUGUGUGAGCCAAACUCAGCGUGUAAGACGCAGGUAACCUUCGUCGACCCAGAUAAACCAAACUCCCUGACGUUCAUCAUGAGAAAAGUUAGAGCAGCUCAAAAGCAGCGCGUCGCGGACGCUGGACAUCCCACCUUCUGCAUUUGCCCUGCUCGCACCGGGGGCCCGCGCUGCCCUGGGCAUGCCAGCACCGCGUGUCCCAGGCUGGCCUUGGACAACUUGAGUGGAGUGAUUCGUGGCCAAAGAGAGCCUUCGGCAGGGAGAGGCCCCGUGCAGGCUGAGGGUCAGGGUCCCAAGCAGGGGUGUGGUGGGUCCGAGGCCAGAGCUGCUGAUGGCUUUGCUUUGUCCCCAGCUGCUCCCAGAGCUGACCAACCCCGAGGAACUGCUGUCCUACCUGGGCCCACCUGACCUCCCCACAAACAACAAUGACGACCUGCUCUCUCUCUUCGAGAACAACUGAUCCUGUAGACCCCACCCAGCCGGCGGGGACACGCCCGCAGAUGUCACCGUGCCCCGCCCCUCCCCACCUGCGUCCGCCCCGGCCCCCCGGCCCCCCGGCACUAGAGGCAGCUGCGCUGGGGGGGAGGGGGCUGCGCGUGGACCCCCUGACCCCCACUCUGCUGCAGAAUGGUGUUUGAUGAGAUGCUCAGCCCCGCCCCCCCAGCCCAGCUUUGCCCCGUCCAUACACCCCUGCUACCCCGACUUUGCGCCUCGCCCCUGGUCCCUCCAGUCCUGCCUGCUCCCACCAGCCUGCAUCUUGUCCAGCGUUGACCCUUCUGUUUCAACAACCCCUUGGCUCACUGGCGAGGAGCCGGGCUGCUCUGUCCAGAGUCUGAGCUCGCGGUGGGAGCGGGACCCCCUCUUCCCACCCGCGGCUUCAGGCUAAGGCUGCAGGGUGGGGCGCUCUAAAGCACAAUGAUGUACAUAGCGUAGGAACACUAGGUGUGGACGGCCAGUCCCUCCUGGGCUGCCAGGGACCCCGCGGGCUCCUGGCCCCGCCUGGGUGCGGACGGCGGGGGGUGUGCGCAUUCUCCAGCGGGUGGCUCCUCCGAGGUCCCCUUUUACGUGAAAGUGAAGAAUCCGUGCCGCCGUGUUUUUUACAACUGCCUCUCCCGUGCCCACCCUGGGGCCAAGCCAGGUGGGGGAGGAGGAGCCUCCGAGUCGUGUCCCCUGUCUGCCCGUCUCUAUUAAAGGACUCCCUCA